GGAGCAGAAGAGGCAGGUGAUGAAGGACAAGAUUGACAAAAUGUGCGAAGAAAUCUUGUCUCUCUUAAACACAAUCAGUGACAUAGAAGAGGAGAUGGGUGCAGAGGAUGCAGUACCCUUACAGGACAUAGUUGCGGCAGGAAGGGUUCAGUCUCUAUGGCAACAUCCAGAGGGCAUUGGUCCAGGUGAGCUGGUCAACCUGGCAAAGCACCUGGGCAACUUGACGUUCCGAAUCUGGGAGAAAAUGCAGGACAUGGUUCUAUACACUCCUGUGAUUCUCGACCCCAACACGGCCGAUGCUCGCCUCCACAUCACUGCGGAUCUGACCAGUGUGAAAAUCAGCACUGACGCUGACCACCAGCCACCUGACAACCCCGAGAGGUACGACACGUUCGCCUGCGUCCUGGGUUCCCGGGGCUUUGCGUCGGGGACCCACAGCUGGACGGUGGAGGUGGACGCCAACACCAGCUGGGAGGUCGGGGUCAGCUCGGGCUCCGGCCGGCGGAAAGGGGGGGCCAUCUGGCCGGGCGUCUGGAGCGUGGAGUUCUGGGACGAGGAGUACUACGUCCGGUUGCCGGGGCAACAGGAGAAGACGCUCCUCCGAGUGGCCGGGAAGUUGCGGAGGGUCAGAGUGAGGCUGGACUGGGACGGGGGCGAGCUGUCCUUCUCAGACCCCGUGAGUGGCGCACAUCUGUUGACCGUCACACACACCUUCACAGAGACGCUCUAUCCAUUCUUCUACAACGGCUGUGACACUUACCCUCUGAAUGUCCUCCCAGUAAGGCUCAGACUUGUAGCAGAAGACUGAAUCAGAAAUCAUAAUAAUGAUGUUAGUAUGACAAAUGUCUUUGAGGUGAUAUGGCAUCAAGUAAAAUAUCUAUGCUCAGAUAAACCAUCUGGUAUCUGCGUAUAUUUAGUAUAUUUGCGUAUAAUAGUAUCUGGCUAUAUUGAAAUAUCUGUCACCCCAUUGUGUGUGGUGUGUCCAAAGAUGUAUGUGUGUGUAUGUGCACAAACAUUUUUGUCUUGUUCACAAAUGUUUUCUUUAUAAAUAGUUUUCUUUAUCGUUCCAUUUGAACAACUGCACUAC